AUGAAGCGUAGCUUUUAUGCAGUGGCUCGAGGUAAAAACCCUGGUGUUUACAAGACGUGGCCGGAAUGUGAGAAGCAGGUCAAAGGAUACACGAAUGCAAGGUAUAAGAAAUUUGAGAAUGAAGCUGAUGCGCUAGCAUUUAUUGACAGGUAUAAGGACAUUGGCAAGAAAAAAGUGUUAUGUGUUGUUUACUAUAUUUAUAGCGUGUCAGGCGUUAUAAAAAAUGCAUCGGUGGAACGUUGGGUUGCUGAAGGAGUUCCUGUAGUUUACACCGAUGGAUCGUGCUUUGGAAAUGGAAUGGCAGGGUGUAAAGCGGGUUACGGCGUUUUUUGGGGGGAUAACCACCCAGAUAAUCUUUCUGAACCGUUAGACAGAGGGCCACCUACAAAUAAUCGUGCUGAGCUGACGGCAGUAAUCAGAGCUUUAGAGCAGGCUGAAAAAAGGGGAUAUAAACGAUUGGUGGUGAGGACGGAUUCAAAUUUGCUAAUUCAAUCAAUGAGUGUUUGGAUACAUUCCUGGCGUCGUAAUAAUUGGAAAACUGCUUCUGGUACCGACGUCCAAGUAUGUAUCACUUUUUCUCGUAUUAGUGGACAUGUUGGCGUCUACGGGAACGAAAAGGCAGAUGAGUUAGCUCGUAGUGGUGCAGAACGUUACAGUAGUCAUAGAUGUGAUGCAAAAACUAGGUUUUAA